GGAAGCAGUGGGGAAACCAUUUACUUCUUUCUGCUUCCUCCAAAACAAAGGAAAAGCCAGUCUUUAUCAUAUUUAUAUGUAAUUGUUUCCUCUGAUAUUAUCUUUUUCACUGUCUUGUGUUGAAUCUUGGACCCUCCCUUUUAAGACCCUACCAGUUCCUUAAUGGAAGGGCUAACAGUAUUCCAGGUUUGCUACUAUAUUCUACAUGGCAUGCUAAGUAAUAGUGGCUGAGAAAGUAGGAUUUGACUUUAUAGAGGGGGCUGAUAUCAGUGAAAUGAAAUUAGUGAAACUUCUGCUGCACAUAAACAAUGCAUGUUUUCUUCAAGUCUAAGGUCAUCAAACACUUGAAGUCCCUGAAAACAAAAAUGCCCAGAUUGUGCAUUUUCCCAAUUGGGGGAUGUUUUGAUGGGUGCAGAGACCACACUCAGCAGUCCUCAGGGUUUGGCACAAGGAUUUGGAACCUGACUGACAAGCCUGUGGAGCUUCAGAUAAGAGUUGGUUCCAUAUUGAAGAAGGUGCACACUUUGAAACCAGGCUCUUCCAAGAGACUGAAAUGCAAGAGCAUAUACAAAGCUUAUAUGCCUGGAGAGAAUGGCAAGGCAGGUAUGAAGAGCUUGCUGUAUUACUAUGAUGAGACUUGUCACCCUUAUGUUUGGAUUCAUGAGACUGGUGGUGAUAGCAUGAGGAUGGUUAAGCAGCAAUAUAUCAGCCUUGAGGAUUUGAGGGAUUGUUGUGAGAUCAGAAUCUUUAGGGAUCAUCAUCGAGGCUGCUUAUCUGUCAGGAAAAAACCCAGGGCACCUGGUAUGCUGCGUGUUGAACAGACUUCGUCUCCGAUUCUCUCUCACCCCCCACAAAAAAUGGGGAUUUCCUUCAGCAGCAACCGGAGACGAAACAACAACAACAACAACCCCUAUUACCAAAACCCACCACCUCCUCCUCCUCCUCCGCCUCAGCCCCACUACCUCUCCAACCCUCACUACUACUCCGACCCUCCUUCUUUCUCUCCGCCGCCUCCGCCGCCGGAGCCUUCUUUCUCUUCCUCCUCCGCCUCGUCUUCCUCUUCCGUCAACUACCCAGAACCCAAUUCCGCAAUAAUCCCCUACGCCGCUCCCAGGGCUGCUGCUUACCAGGCCUACCCUCUCCCUCUUCCGCCGCCUCCGCCGCCGCCGCAGACCCAUUACUGCUAUGGACAGUAUAAUUCUUGCAACCAGAUGAUGGGGAGGUAUAGUUACAACCAGAAUUACCAGCCUUACUAUGGUAAUCAGGUUCAGGUUGGUGGGUGGCCGGCGAUGCGGCCGCCGGUGGCUCCGGUGCAGCCUCCGCCGCCGUACGUGGAGCACCAGAAUGCUAAGAAGGUGAAGAAUGAUGUCAACGUGCAUAAGGACACGUUGAGGGUGGAGAUUGAUGAGCAGAACCCUGAUCAGCAUUUGGUUUCUUUCGUUUUCGAUGCCUUGUAUGAUGGCAGCAUUACUAUUCUCUACUUUGCCAAGGAAGAGACAGAUUGUAGAUUUGUUCCACUAUUUCCUGAAGCAUUUACACCAGUGGUAGUCCCCUUUCAGAAAGGAGUAGGCCAGAAAUUUCGUCAGCCCUCAGGUUCCGGCAUCGAUUUAGGCUUCUUCGAGUUGGAUGAUCUUUCAAAACCUUCACCUGCAGAAGAUGUAUUCCCACUUGUAAUAUCUGCUGAAACAUGUUCACCACCUGAUUCGGUCGAUCAUAUUGGUGAGCCUGUCCUAGAUGCAUCUCCUCGUAUGCAGAUUACUCAAGCUGUGCUAGAAAAGAAUAAUGAUGACGCUUUCCAAGUGAAAGUUAUUAAGCAGAUAUUAUGGAUUGAUGAAGUUCGCUAUGAGCUACGUGAGAUAUAUGGAAUUGCAACCUCAGCAGUGGGCUUUGAUGACAAUGACCCCGGGAAGGAGUGUGUAAUAUGCAUGACCGAACCGAAGGACACUGCUGUGUUACCUUGUCGACAUAUGUGUAUGUGCAGUGACUGUGCAAAAGAAUUGAGGAUUCAAUCCAAUAAAUGCCCCAUUUGCCGUCAACCCAUUGAAGAACUUAUAGAGAUAAAGAUGAAUAAAAGCUAGCAAUGGACUUGUGUUCUCCAUUAUGUGGAUGUUGUGGUAUGAAUAUCAAAUAUUUUUUUCUUUAUUGAUGGGCAGCUGUUGUAUAAAUGCAUCUUUUUCUUUUGUAUAUUCUAAGUGAUCUGUUGCUUUUAUGAUUUUGAUGUGAUUUACAUAGUUGAAUCUAAUCAAUCUUCUAAAGAAUGAACUUAAUUUGUUAACCUUAAGAUACUAGGAGUGUGUGUGAACCACAAGCUUUCUUCAUC